CAAAAAAAAACAAAAAAAAAAAAAAACAGAGCAGCAUAUAAAGCACCAAAUGUGUGACCUCUUCAAACCUUCUUGCGGUUCUCCUGUCCACAUUUUGUAUUUACAACCCGUGUCAUGGAAAGCUGGAUUCUAAUCACUCUGGUGACAAUACCAGGUGUCUGGAGUGGAAACUGGGGAGUGAGACUGGAAAAUCAGUGUGCUUUAAAGGGGAUGUCUACAGUUAUUAAAUGCACUUACGACUACCCUUCUAUGAACAUUGUCACUUCAGUCACCUGGUAUAAAGCCAUACGUGAAAGUCGUGGCUUGAUGCUGUAUCGGCUUUCUAGUCUUAGAAAACCCAGAGGCCACUUUGAAUACCAAGGUGACCGCUGGAGUGACUGUAAGCUGAAGAUCAACAAUGUACAAUGGUCAGAUGAAGGGUCGUACUAUUUCGGUUUCGAGACCACGCUCAACCGAUGGACAAGCCGGACACACGCGUAUCUGUCAGUGAAAGAGCUGACCACUGUUGUGCAGCCAAGCACUGUGACAGAGGGAGAGCGUGUCAACCUGACCUGUGUGUCAGGUUGUUCUGAACCCAUGGACGUUGUCUGGUUCAGAGAUGGACAGCCUGUUUCGAGUGUGGUCUUCCAGGCCAGUAGAAGGGACGCUGGGAGGUACCACUGUGCCAUCCUGGGACAGGAGCAUGUCAAAUCGGCCCCCGUGGCUCUGAACGUUCAGUACGCUCCCGAGAAAGUGAAACUGUCACUGAGUCCAGUGGGAGACAUCAUGGCAGGGGACACGGUGACUUUCACCUGCAGCAGCGACGCCAACCCUCCCGUGACUGAGAGUGGAUACAGCCUGUAUAAGGACGGAGAGUUUAUCGGCUCUGGGCAGAGCCACAGCAUCUCGGACAUCCAGCCCGGCCACAUGGGACGGUACUACUGUCAGGCCUGGAAUAACGUGAGCAGGAUGAUUAACUCCACUGAAGUUCUCCUUGAUGUCAAGUACCCUCCGAUGAACAUUUCUGUCUCAAUGGAUCCGCCGCAUGUUGUUGAAGGCGACGGCGUGAAUCUGACCUGCAGCAGCUCAGCCAACCCCGCAGCGGACAACUACACCUGGUACAAGCGCACCGCCCCCAGCAGCUCCAGCUCACUGCUCCAGGUGGGCUCCGGACAGAUGCUGUCACUUCCUGUUAUGACGCCGUCCCACGCUGGACUCUACAUGUGCCAGGUCAGGAACACAGCUGGCGUGAGCAACUCAACCGAGGUUCAGCUGGUGAUGGUGGAAAAGCAGUCUGACAGCCCGCCAUUUCCUAUCUUGGCCGGAAUCGGGGUCUCUUUUGUUGUGACACUGGUGAUUGCUGCGCUUUUAUUCUGGAAGAAAUGGAGAACUAGCGCAGACAAAAAAAACGCCAUGACUGACCUGAAGCAAGGUGGAGAGGAACCCAUUUAUGCGACUACUACUGAUGCCGUUUAUGCCAGCGUUCACAUGGGACCAACCUCUGCUCCGCUCGUCUCUGCUCAGGCAUCUGCUUCUCUUAUGAACUCACACCAUCAUGUAAAUACUGUGCAUAACCCCACAUUGGACGACGAUGAGGUUACCUACACCACAGUGACCAUCAACCCCAGAAACAAGAUGAACAACGGCAGAACGCCACAGGACACCAGAUGCAAACCGGAGCGGAGUGACGACACUGUGAUCUAUGCCACUGUGGUUACAUGACGCUCAGGUUCAUCGUCGUGCCAUGUGUCGACAUCCUCCUAAGAUUUAUGAAAUGUUCACAGCUCCGAGUCCCGUUGGUUAAACUGUGACCUUUGUUCAUGUGCAAUAGUCUUGAAACAAACGGGGUUAAUGUUCAAAGUAUCGAUUAUUGACACUUUGUAUUCAUGAUAUUUAUUUGUGGUGCAAUUUAUUUUUGUGGUCUGUGACUGUGAAUACUUGAUUUUACUUAAUGUGACUUUUGCUUAAAGUUUGAAAGUUUAAAGGUUGUUUGUAAAAAUAAUUGUUUUUAUAUCUAUUGUGUCUGAGACACUGUAUUGUUGUAUAAUAAUAAUUAAUAUAUUAUGAUAGUUCUGUUGUGCUUUCUCAGUGGUAAAUAACUAUUUUAUUUUAAUGAAUAAAUGAAAGUGAUAAUGUUA